AUGGCCCCAAGACGUCGACCCUCUACUCCAGUUGUCCCUGAGGGAAAUCAAGCCGAUCAGGCUGAUCUUGCAGAAGCAAUUAGGGAGCUAGUAGCUCAUAAUCGCCAGAGGGAUGGGCACCAUCAGGUUGCCAGGUCGGCUAAUGUGUCUGAUUUUCGGAAGCUCAACCCUCAACACUUUGCUGGGACUGAAGGCGGAUAUGAGGCCGAGAUGUGGUUGCAGACCAUGGAUCGCUUAUUAAGGGCAGCAAAAAUACCAGAUGAAGACCGAGUAGAUAUUGUGCAGCUACAGCUCGUUAAUGUAGCAAGGACCUGGUGGGACGCAGAGGAGGAGAAGCUGCCUCAGCCAAUUUCGUGGGAGACAUUUCGGGAGAGUUUCCUAGAGACAUUUUUUCCAAAGACAUCUCGUCUUGAUAUGCAGAGGCAAUUUGCAAUGCUGAGACAGCGAGCUAAUACUGUAGAUGAGUAUGCAGCCGAAUUUGCCAAGCUCAGCCGGUUUGCUCCGGGGAUGAUAUCAAAUGAGGUGGAUAAGGGACAAAGGUUUAUGCAGGGUCUAAAUUUUGAGAUCCAGACUCAGAUUUACAGUCAGAAGGGGGUAGAUACCUAUGCUGAUGUCCUAGAGGCAGCUCAAAAAGCAGAACAACUAAUUGGGAUCAUGAACUCGGUGAGGAGAGGGGCUAACAAGCGUCAUGCAGGACAGACCUCGGGGAGUAACCAGCAGAAACCUCAGACGGGAGGAGCACCAGCCAAGCGCCAACAGACAGGAACUUCGAGACCAGCUCCACAACCAACCAACAUGGUUUGCCAUUAUUGUAAAAAGCCGGGGCACUUGAUGAAGGAUUGUUGGAAAGCUAAUGGGUUGUGCUUAAUAUGUGGGGCAGCAGAUCAUCAGCUUACCACUUGUCCUAGUAGAAGAGUUCCAGGAGGAGCUUCAGGUGGAGCGAUAGUACCCAGGCGCCCAGGGCAAUACGAUCAACAAGCUCAGCAGCAGCAGAGACAAGGUCAGGUUUUGACACUUACUGCUGAGCAGGCAGACACAUCUGGUGAUGUAGUCACAGGUACCAUUUUGGUUUAUUCAGUCCCUGCAUUUACCCUAUUUGAUUCUGGGGCAUCGCAUUGUUUUAUAUCUGCUCAGUUCAUUGCACGACACACUAUACCAUGUGAUAAAUUAGAUGCAAGCUGGAAUAUCCAUACUGGUAGUGGGGUGUUAACAUCUAGUAGGGAGUGUAAGAAAUGCCCAGUGGUAGUUUGUGGUAGGGAGCUAUUUGCAGACUUGUUGGUAAUUGACACUAAUAGGUUCGAUGUUAUUUUGGGAAUGGACUGGCUCUAUAACUUCUACGCGACGAUCGACUGCCGACGCAGAAGUGUAGUGUUCAAGAUACCAGAUCACCCAGACUUUGAAUUCAUGAGUGGUAGCAAAGUGAUGGAGCAUCCAGAGUAUCGAGCUGGCGUGGAGGGAGUAUUAACUUGCAUAGAGGUUGAGGAGAAGCCUAUACCAGAAAUUGUCAAGGAGUUCCUUGAUGUUUUUCCUAAUGAGUUGCCGGGUCUGCCACCAGAUAGAGAUAUAGAGUUCGUCAUUGAUCUUAUUCCAGGGGUUUCACCUAUCUCAAAACCACCUUAUCGAAUGCCGAUAGCAGAUUUAGAGGAGUUGCGGAAGCAGGUCCAGGAGUAUUUGGAUAAGCAAUUUAUCAGGCUUAGUACUUCACCCUGGGGGGCACCUAUGGUGUUAGUGCCAAAGCCGGAUGGUAGCUGA